UGUGGAUACUGGAUAGUCCGUCCAUACAGUGGACGAAAUGAACUGCAAAAGCAAAGCAGCUCAUCUCAGCUGUACCCAAUUUUUCCCUCGAUUCAUUAAUGGUGUUCCUUCUGUAUGCAACUUUACGCAACCCCCAUUCUUCUUCUACUUCUUCUUCUUCACCGUAACUUACUUGUUCCAUCAUCUUUCUCUACCGCAAUCAAUAAUUGGAUGUGAACCUACCCUCAAUUUUCUCUCUCUCAGAACCUAACCCAGAAAUGUUCCUAUCUUGAGCUAUAACAUCUCGUUUCCUUUCGGAUCGGGGAAAAAGCAGGAAUUCUGUGACUCCCGGCUCUGUAUUCCAGAGAAAUACUAGUUUGGCUUUUGCUUUUCUUGGAAUUUUGAUGAUAGAUUUGGUUGUGGAGAAAGGAGGAAGCUUGUGAGAUGGGUAACGUCGGAAGCAGUGGAGUGAACGGGCGGCGAAGAAGCAAUAGCAGUCGGAGGAGGCAUCCGCCGCCGCCUCCGCCGCCGCAGCAGCAGCCUCAGCCUGAGAUUAGCGCCAACCAGUACGUGUUUGCAGCUGCGACGCCAUACCCUUCCCAAUACCCCAACCCUAACGUGCCGCCGUAUUAUCAGUACCCACCCUACUAUCCGCCGCCGCCGCCUCCUUCUCGGCCGUUACCGAUGUCGGCUCCAUUUGAUCACCCGCACCGCUUGGACCCGUCCCAUGCGGAUUGGAUUAGCGGGCGGUACCCGUGCCGGCCCAUGAUUCCCCAGCCCGCCCCAUACGUGGAGCACCAAAAGGCGGUGACUAUACGGAACGAUGUUAAUCUCAAGAAGGAGACGCUGAGGCUCGAGCCCGAUAAUGCGAAUCCUGGAAAGUCCCUUGUGGCUUUCACUUUCGACGCCACAGUUGCAGGAAGCAUGACAGUCAUAUUCUUUGCAAAAGAAGGUGAAGACUGUUGUUUGACUCCUAUGAAGGAAAGUGUGCUCCCUCCUGUGACAGUUCAUUUCCAAAAAGGUUUAGCUCAGAAGUUCAGACAGCCCCCUGGGACCGGCAUUGACCUUUCAGCAUUUGAAGAAGCAGAAUUGUCUGAGGGUGAGACAGAUGUGUAUCCCCUGGCCAUCAAGGCAGAGGCAUCCGUAGAUACCCAAAAUGAAUCAGUUGAUGGAAACGCUGUGUCUGGGUCCAUGAAUUCCCAGAUAACACAAGCGGUGUUUGAAAAGGAGAAAGGGAAAUAUCACAUUAGGGUGGUCAAGCAAAUUUUAUGGGUCAAUGGUAUGAGGUAUGAACUGCAGGAGAUAUAUGGGAUUGGAAAUUCAAUCGAAGGUGAAGUUGAUGGAAAUGAUCCUGGGAAGGACUGCGUCAUAUGCCUUUCUGAACCUCGAGACACUACUGUCCUUCCCUGUCGGCACAUGUGUAUGUGUAGUGGUUGUGCAAAACUUUUGAGGUACCAAACAAAUCGGUGUCCUAUUUGCAGACAACCCGUUGAGCGUCUCUUGGAGAUCAAGGUCAAUAAUGAUGAUGCCGAGGAAUGAAAAGAGGAAUAGCUUUCGCUAUCUAUCCUCAUAUUCUUCUUCUUUUUUUUUUUUUUUGGGUGAUUUUUUCUUCUUCCUUUUCUAUCUUGCGUCAUCCUAGAUUAAAUUAUUAAAAUGAUGACAGACACCUUGACAGUUUGCAAUUGGAUUGUGGAUUUAAUGAAAAUUUGUGUUGAUUGUAUCAGCAUUUCUGUAA